UCAUCACAUCGGUGAGUGAGUGCUAUUGAUUCGGUUCUGCAAUUCCUAGGGCUGACUCUCUCUCGCUCUCGCUCUCGCCGGCGGUGGUCGUUGUCGCAGUCAUCGGAAAAGAUUCUCCGGUCUGAUAUUCUCGUCAUCUGAGACGAAUUCGUACGAACUUGUGUUAGGGUUCGAUGGACAGAGGCGCUGCGAACACCUUCAAUGGCCCCCAAGAUCCGUACUAUCACAACAACUACAACCACCACCAGUUCCAUCACCAUCACCACCAUGUCGCCGCCGUCGGCUACCAACCCUACGGCCAAAACGACAGCAGAGAUCAGCGUUUCAACCAGCCGCAUUACGAUCACUACUCCGGUCACCAGAAUAUGGUGGUUGAUCAUAACGGCCCCUUUUACGGCGGAGGUUAUGGUCCACAUGGCGGCGUUAGGAAGCGCCGUUCGGAAUCCAUUACCGGAGCAUCCCCAGAUCCCACCGAUGGUGGUAAUGCCAAACUCUAUGUUGCCCCAGUUCCAAGAACAGCUACCGAAGAUGAGGUUCGGAACGUGUUCAGAGAACAUGGAAAUGUUACUGAGAUCAUUCUACCCAGAGAUAAGAGAACUGGCGAGCGAGCAGGUUACUGUUUCGUUAAGUACAAAACAAUAGUAGAGGGUGACAGGGCCAUUGCAGCUUUACAGGACCAGUAUACCUUUCCUGGAGAAGUGGCUCCUGUCAAAGUCAGAUAUGCUGAUGGGGAACGGGAACGCAUCGUGCAAAUUCCAGAUAAGCUAUAUGUCGGAUGCCUCAGCAAACAAACAACGAAACCGGAGCUCCAUGAGGUGUUUUCGAGCUAUGGUGUUAUUGAGGAUAUUUAUAUGGCACUUGAUGGGCAGAAGCAAAGUCGGGGAUACGCUUUUGUUCAGUUUUCUCGUAGGGAAAUGGCACUAGCCGCAAUCCAAGGUUUAAAUGGUGUCUUCACAAUGAGGGGUUCUGAUCAGCCAUUAACUGUUAAAUUUGCGGAUCCUAAAAAACCGCGUCUAGGAGAACCAAGAUCUACACCUAAUGCUGCACCUACAAUGCAACAAUGUGAUCCACAUUGGUACCCACAAGGAUUUCCCCAAUGGGGGAAUCAUAGAGAAGUUGGAGGUCCUAGACAUGAUUUCUCUUUACAGCCGACUCAGUUCCAGCAGCAGACUGUUCAAGCAGCAUCCGAUUCUGAGGUUCAUAAACAGAUACAUCAAGACAUUCCAUCUCAGAAUUCUGAGCAGCAUCAACAGCAGAAACCCGAGGUUCCCUGCUUAGAGACUAGAAGUGAUGCUCAGAUAAUUGCUAGCAAUUCAAGUGAAGAUCCAAAAACAAGUACACCAGAGUGCGACUGGAGUGAACACACUUGUCCAGAUGGGUACAGGUAUUACUACAAUUGUGUAUCCUGCCAAAGCACGUGGGAGAUGCCUAAGGAAUACACGUUGUUUGAGAAAUGGUUAGAUGAGCAUACAGACUUGCAAGAUCCAAAACAUCAAUCUCCUUCAUCAAAUUGUCAGAGCCAAGAGGCAGUCGCAAACAGAGAGGAGCAAACCAAUGCUCAUCUCUCUCAACAUAAUAGCACUGGACUAGAGCAAGUUGAUGUUCAUCUCUCUCAACAGAGUGUUGGACCAGAGCAAACUGAUGAUCAUCUCUCACAACAGAGUAUCGGACCAGAGCAAACUGAUUCUCUUUCCUCGCAACAGAGAGCUGGACCAGAGCAAACUGAUGGCCAGCUCUCGCAACCAAGUUUCAGACCAGAGCAAACUGAUGCUCAUCUUGCGCAAGAGAGUACUGGACCCGAGCAAACUGAGGCUUUUCUCUCGCAAGAGAGAGUUGGACCCAAGCAAAUGGAUGCUCUGUUUUCGCAACCGAGUGUUGGACCAGAGAAAACUGAUGUUUCUCCCUUGCACCCAAGUACAGGACGUGAGCCAGCUGAUUCUCAUCUCUCGCAAGAGAGUGUUGAACUAGAGAAAACCUUCUCUGCGCAUAACUCGCAAGAGAGUGGUGGGCUGGAGCAGAAUGAUGAGAGCACUGGACCAGAGCAAACUAAUGAUCAGAAACAAAGUGUUGGACUUUUGCAAACCGAUGUUGAUCUCUCGCUACAGAGUGGUGAACUCCAGCAACCUUCCUUGCCCACAACGGAUCAGGAGAGUAAUUUAGAACAGCCUGUAACAAGUGUAGCUGUUGGGGCCUCGUGUUCUUAAUAAGGGUAUCAGUUCAAUGUAACAAGGGUGAAGCAGUGAGCUGAAAGGAGAAGCCGAGGAAAGAAGGGAUAUAACGAAAAAGGAAGUUGAUUUCAGGGCCUCUCAUGACUUGGAUUUUUUUUUGGUAAAUACUAAAUAUCCGUAUUUUGUUUAUUGUUCUCUUCAUUUAUGUGUUGUAGAAAAAAAUAUCAUCCAUGGCCUGUAGGCAUAUGCUAUGAGGCAUUUAGUGCUAAAUCAACCUUUACAUGGCCUUUAGGCAUAAUGAUGGUGGUCUGUGAAUCAAUGCUUUCAAGGAAUGAGCUUUGAGCCUCUCUUUGCAUGUAUCUUUGGAUCUUGCAGUGUGGUUCUGAGCUUAACCAUAGUUUGAGUUUGGUUAACUUAACCAACCAGAGUUUUGUUUGAGCCUCCACCUCCGGUCAAGGCACUGCCCUUUAGGUACGUUACUCUUUGCUUUCGGUGUGUAAUCCUUUGGUGUCUGGACAAUGAUUACUUCUGCUGGAGUGUCACUCUCCACUCUCAAGACAAAUCGACAAAAAGUUAUUACCUCAUGUGACAGUUUUGCUUCCUUCUGUUCUUUUGUAACUUCUUCUUCCUUUUUUUCUCUCUUUUUUGCGCGCUCUCUCUCCCCCUCCCUCUCUCUCUCUCUCACACACACAUGGGUGGGAAAGCCAAAAAGUUCAUUUGCAUGGUAACUUGUUUCUUCCCCUUUCUUCUCACCUUUCUUGAAGCCUGUGUGUGUGUGGGUAGUAUUAUUAUCUCCACUGUACAUUUUUUUUCUCUCUUGGUGUGAGUUUUUACCCUUUUGUCUGA